CUUCAAACCUAUGGGCGUCUGUGUGAUGCCCGUUUGAUUUUUGCUAAAUUAAUUCAUCUACCCAAUGAUUUUGUGGACUGCUUGGAGAGAAGUUUUGGAAGGAUUCUAUGUAUAAGAAAGAUAUUACGCUACAAAAGAUUGUGGAAGACACCCAUGCGCCUUUUGCACCCGAACCCAUCCAUCCAAUAUGUGCGGUCUGGUCAAAACCACGGAAGAACGGAAGAAAUUCUUGCACAACUUGUGCACAAAGUGCCUGCAGAAGCCAUGUCGUCCCCACCUACAAGCGACGUGCUACUAUUGCAAGAGUGAAAAUCAUCAUACUUCUGUAUGCGGAGUUCCAGAGAUUUAAAUUUCCCCUCAUGA